UUGUGUGGCUUGAUUUUUUUUAUUUUUAUUUUUUAUUAUUUUAUCUGUCAAAGAAAUAAUUAUGUCCUUUGACAUCUAAUGACAAUUGUGUCCUUGUUUAGUUCAUCAUUCUUCAUUGCAAGUGACAGAAAUUUGAGAGUAGUUCAUUUUUUAUAUAGACUAGAUUUGUUGGAAAUCGUCAAAUCAACAUGUAUAAAUGUGUUGUAAUGUAAUAUGAUCGAAAUUAAGGGGUGUUCAGUUCAGAAUGAUUCUACAAAACUCAGCAAAAAAGAAACGUCCCUUUUUCAGGACCCUGUCUUUCAAAGAUAAUUCGUAAAAAUCCAAAUAAAUUCACAGAUCUUCAUUGUAAAGGGUUUAAACACUGUUUCUCAUGCUUGUUCAAUGAACCAUAAACAAUGAAUGAAAAUGCACCUGUGGAACAGCAGUUAAGACACUAACAGCUAACAGUCAGUAGGCAAUUAAGGUCACAGUUAUGAAAGCUUCGGACACUAAAGAGGCCUUUCUACUGACUCUGAAAAACACCAAAAGAAAGAUGCCCAGGGUCCCUGCUCAUCUGUGUGAACGUGCCUUAGGCAUGCUGCAAGGAGGCAUGAAGUCUGAAGAUGUGGCCAGGGCAAUAAAUUGCAAUGUCUGUACUGUGAGACGCCUAAGACUGCUACAGGGAGACAGGACGGACAGCUGAUCGUCCUCGCAGUGCCAGACCAUGUGUAACAACACCUGCACAGGAUCGGUACAUCUGAACAUCACACCUGCGGGACAGGUACAGGAUGGCAUCAACAACUGCCGAGUUACGCCAGGAACGUACAAUCCCUCCAUCAGUGCUCAGACUGUCCACAAUAGGCUGAGAGGCUGGACUGAGGGCUUGUAGGCCUGUUGUAAGGCAGUUCCUCACCAGACAUCACCGGCAACAAUGUCGCCUAUGGGCACAAACCCACCGUCGCUGGACCAGGCAGGACUGGCAAGAAGUGCUCUUCACUGACGAGUCACAGUUUUGUCUCACCAGGGGUGUUGGUCGGAUUCGCGUUUAUCAUCGACGGGAUGAGCGUUACAUCGAGGCCUGUACUCUGGAGCGGGAUUGAUUUGGAGAUGGAGGGCCCGUUAUGGUCUGGGGCGGUGUGUCACAGCAUCAUCGGACUGAGCUUGUUGUCAUUGCAGGCAAUCUCAACGCUGUGCAUUACAGUGAAGACAUCCUCCUCCCUCAUGUGGUACUUUUCUUGCAGGUUUUCAUGACAUGACCCUCCAGCAUGACAAUACCGCCACGCACAGAACGAGCAGUAUGGCUGAUUUCCUGCAAGACAGGAAUGUCAGUGUUCUGCCAUGGCCAGCGAAGAGCCCGGAUCCCAAUCCCAUUGAGCACGUCUGGGACCUGUUGGAUCGGAGGGUGAGGGCUAGGGCUAGGGCUAGGACCCCCCCCCCCCAGAAAUGUCCAAGAACUUGCAGGUGCCUUGGUGGAAGAGUGGGGUAACAUCUCACAGCAAGAACUGGCAUAUCUGGUGCAGUCCAUGAGGAGGAGGAGGUGCACUGCAGUACUUAGUAUCUGGUGUGGCCACCAGCUGCAUUGACUGAUACUUUUGAUUUUGACCCCCCCCCCCUUUGUUCAGGGACACAUUAUUCCAAUUCUGUUAAUCACACGUAGGUGGGACUUGUUCAGUUUAUGUCUGUUGUUGAAUCUUGUUAUGUUCAAACAAAUACUUACAUGUUAAGUUUGCUGAAAAUAAAUGCAGUUGACAGUGAGAGGACGUUUCUUUUUUUGCUGAGUUUAUAUAUAGGUGGAGUAGACAUUCUCACCUAUGACUUGGAAAUGACACCAGCCCAAUGAGGUGUCUUGGGUUUUAUGAAACUGGGAGUGCUAGGCCUGUAUCCUGUAUCACUUGUGUCAGUACCCAAAAUGCUGUUUGCCAAUGUUUCAAGGCCAAUUUUAGUCUUUGUGGUUUGACAAGUUCAUCCACGUUGAGUCUACAUUUUGGGUGAAGAAUGAAAAAAGUGGGGGGAAAACAAUCAGUUUAUCUUAUUUAGCCUGGUAAGUAUUGAUGUACCGUGGACCUCCUGUGAAAUUAGAUUUGAAAGACAGUUCCCACUUGUUCUGUGUAGUAGCCAAUGCUCCCUUCACAUUGUAUAGGAGAUCAGAGACACUCUACUGUUGCUACUGCAUAUUGAGCUAUAAUUGGAAGAGCUGAUUGCUGAGGAAAUUGCUUGGUCGAGGGGGAUGCUAGCUGAAGAGACCUUGGAUGCUAGCUGAAGAGACCUUGGAUUGCACCCUAGACAACCAGGGUACCAGCGCACGCCCAGACAACACCGGCAUGGACAUCACCGCACGCUGCACACUGGGUGAUCCCAACAAGCUCCCAGAGGGUGUGCCCCAGCCAGCACGCAUGCCCUACGUGUCCGACAAGCACCCUCGCCAGACAUUAGAGGUCAUCAAUCUGCUACGCAAGCACAGAGAACUGUGUGAUGUCGUGUUGGUGGUCGGCGCCAAAAAGAUCUAUGCCCACAGAGUGAUCCUUUCGGCCUGCAGCCCUUACUUCAGGGCCAUGUUCACAGGCGAGCUGGCCGAGAGCCGUCAGACAGAGGUUGUGAUCCGGGACAUUGAUGAGCGGGCCAUGGAGCUGCUCAUUGACUUUGCCUACACUUCGCAGGUUACCGUUGAGGAAGGCAAUGUGCAGACAUUGCUGCCCGCCGCUUGUCUGUUACAGCUGGCCGAGAUUCAGGAGGCUUGCUGCGAGUUCCUCAAGCGCCAGUUGGACCCCUCAAAUUGCCUGGGUAUCCGUGCCUUUGCUGACACCCACUCCUGCCGCGAGCUGCUGCGGAUAGCUGACAAGUUUACACAGCACAACUUUCAAGAGGUGAUGGAGAGUGAGGAGUUCAUGCUGCUUCCAGCCAACCAGCUAAUAGAUAUAAUCUCCAGUGAUGAACUGAAUGUGCGAAGUGAGGAGCAGGUUUUCAAUGCAGUAAUGGCCUGGGUCAAGUACAGCAUUCAGGAGCGCCGGCCACAGCUGCCACAGGUCCUCCAGCAUGUUCGUCUUCCUCUUCUGAGCCCAAAAUUCCUGGUGGGAACGGUAGGAUCAGACCCUCUCAUCAAAAGUGAUGAGGAGUGCAGAGACCUGGUUGAUGAGGCAAAGAAUUACCUGCUCUUGCCCCAAGAGCGCCCUCUAAUGCAAGGGCCAAGAACACGCCCUCGGAAGCCCAUCCGGUGUGGAGAAGUGCUGUUUGCAGUUGGCGGGUGGUGCAGUGGGGAUGCCAUCUCCAGUGUGGAACGAUAUGACCCACAGACCAACGAGUGGCGCAUGGUGGCUUCCAUGAGUAAGAGGCGCUGUGGAGUGGGUGUCAGCGUCCUUGACGAUCUUCUCUAUGCUGUUGGCGGCCAUGACGGGUCCUCGUAUCUCAACAGUGUGGAGAGGUAUGACCCCAAGACAAAUCAGUGGAGUAGUGAUGUAGCUCCCACAAGCACGUGCAGGACCAGUGUGGGUGUGGCUGUCCUGGGAGGGUAUCUGUAUGCAGUAGGGGGCCAAGAUGGAGUAUCCUGCCUCAACAUUGUUGAAAGAUAUGACCCCAAGGAGAACAAAUGGACGCGCGUGGCCUCGAUGAGCACCAGGCGCCUGGGUGUAGCCGUGGCUGUACUGGGGGGCUUCCUCUAUGCAGUGGGAGGUUCAGACGGCACGUCCCCUCUCAAUACAGUAGAGAGGUACAACCCCCAGGAGAACCGCUGGCACACCGUCUCUCCCAUGGGCACCAGGAGGAAACACUUGGGCUGUGCAGUGUACCAGGACAUGAUCUACUCCGUAGGAGGCCGGGACGACACCACCGAGCUGAGCAGUGCCGAGCGCUACAACCCCAGGACCAACCAGUGGUCACCUGUUGUAGCCAUGACUUCAAGACGUAGUGGGGUUGGACUAGCAGUGGUAAAUGGCCAGUUAAUGGCUGUGGGUGGCUUUGACGGGACAACGUAUCUUAAAACAAUAGAGGUUUAUGAUCCUGACGCUAACACAUGGAGGCUCUAUGGUGGAAUGAACUAUAGGCGACUUGGAGGAGGGGUUGGUGUUAUCAAAAUGACUCACUGUGAAUCACACAUAUGGUAGCACCUCCAGGUCAAAGGCCUCACCGUCGCAUGUGCCUCCGAAAGAAAAAUUGUUUAUCAUGCAAGGAACGAAGUCUAUAUUAACUGUAACACAGCCAUGUUAUUGGCAAGCCAAGGAAAUGUCUUGUGGCUUUACUGUUCCUGUGUCAAGUCUGGAAGGCUUAUCUAGAAGCCUACGGUUCAUCUCUCUUCUGUACUUCCUGUAUUAUGACUUGACAAGGCCAAGAGGAACCAACUCUGAAUAGAUCAAUGACAUGAGCUAUUUGACAUCUGGGGGGAAAACCCUUCAUUUCCUCUUUAAUCGGUUACUGAAAUGGAAUACUGCAGCCGCACUUUAAGAUACAGUUCAGAUUUUUGCUGUGGUACCGGUUAGUUUCCAUUGAAAUAUUAAAUGGGGCAUGAAGAAGAAUCUUCAAAGAGAACUGAAGGUGCAAGAUGUGGUCUCACUGCUUCCCUUGAUCCUCGUUGUGAAAAAUGGAUGAACUUGUUAGGCAGUUUAAAUCUCUAAAUUAAAUGCACUGUGAAUUUUUUGUUUGUUGCUGUUUUUAUUAGUUUCACACACUGAGCAUAACCUGGAUUUCUACGUUCACAACUGGGGUCAAUUGUUGGUACGGUGGCACUUACACAAUAUUACAACAGUUUCAUACAAGAUUGUUGCCCAUUUAAGACUGGACAGGGGAUAUACAUUUUUUGGAGCAACUUUUGUUUUACAUUGACACAUUUGAGACAAGUCUUGCACUUUAAUCUAUUAUAGAUUCUUCUUGAGGAAUUAGUUGCAUUGCGGUUCAUCUAAGACACAGUAAGGAAUAAUGAACUGGUUGAUGUAUUAUGCACCUCUUAAUUGGUGACCAUGCAAAACAGAUGGACAUUCAGUAAUAUGCUUAGACUUUUUUAAAUCCUGAUGAAUCUCAUGUUACCAUUUGUCACUGCUAUUGAGCAAAAUAUACGAUCAUGCGUUUUGCUAACUCGACCCCUGUAAAUAUGUUAUCACCCAAAUGUGUCAGAUUAUGCAAGUGUUCACAAGUAAUUAUUAGCCUGAUCACCAAAUAUUUUAUAAAUGAAUGUGUCCCUUUGGCUGUGUUCAGCCAGCCCAAUUCUGAUCAUUUUUCCCGCUACUAAUUGUCUUUUGACCAAUCACAUCAGAUAUGUUUAAGAGCUAACCAGUGGCUGCAUCUACACAGACAGCCCAAUUGUUUUCCACAAAUUGGUCAGCAGUGAAAAGCUCCGCUUGGAAAAAAUAUCAGAAUUGGGCUGCCGCUGUAAACGCAGCCUUUCACAAAAGUAUGGAACUGUUGAGGGCAAAUGUAUUGGUGCUUUAUUUUUGCUGAAGGUCUGACAUUUCUCUUUGAGCUGUAAGCCUGGCAUUUUACCCCUAUUAGAUGACGUGGAAUUGUCUGUACUGACAAAAUACCCCAUGCUGUUAAUAAAAACUCUUUAUUUCAAA